UCCUGCCGCGGCCAGAAAGGAGCGUGUGGACGCGGGGACACAACCCGGCGUCCAUGGCCGCGGCCGCGAUGGCUCAGCGGGGCCGCGUGCCGCCCGCCCCGACUGCACCAGGCACCGAGGGGCUGCCGCGCGCCUUCCUGCAGAGCCUGCGCACCCUCUUCGACAUCCUGGACGACCGGCGGCGCGGCUACGUGCACCUGCGCGAGAUCGAGUCCCGCUGGCAGGGUGCUGACGCGCGCGAGCUGCCCCGCGGCGUGCUGGAGGGCCUGCGCCAGGUGGCCCCGGCCAGCGGCUAUCUGACCUUUGAGCGUUUCGUGGCCGGGCUGCGCACCUCGCUGCUGAGCGCUGAUGGUGGCCCGCGAGACCCGACGCGCGCCUCGGGCCGGCAAGGGGACAAGCCGCCACCACCGCAGCGCCUGGUGUUUGCACCGGCGGACGAGCCUCGGACUGUCCUGGAGAGGAAGCCCCUGCCUCUGGGUGCGCGCCCUCCGCGGGUCGGCCCGGGGCAGCUGGGCGGGCCUGCGGAGGCGGCGCCCUGCCCUGCAGAGCCGGAGCGGCCCCUGAGUGCGGCACUGGAGCAGAGCCCCAGCACGGACGCCGGAGCAGCAGGCUGCAGGGGCCUGGAAAUAGAUGCAGGAGAUGCUCGGCAGGCCCCACGGGCCCGAGGGGAACGUCGGAGGCACACGAUCACCAAUGGAGUGGACUGUGGCCUGCUGAAGCAGCUGAAGGAGCUGGAACAGGAGCAGGAGGUGCUGCUGCAGGGUCUGGAAAUGAUGGCUCGGGGCCGCGACUGGUACUGGCAGCAGCUGCAGCGUGUGCAGGAGCGCCAGCGCCGACUGGGCCAGAGCAGAGCCAGUGUGGACUUUGGGGCUGCAGGGAGUCCCCGCCCUCUGGGGCAGCUGCUACCUAAGGUGCAGGAGGUAGCCCGGUGCCUGGGGGAGCUGCUGGCUGCAGCCUGUGCCAGCAGGGCUCUGCCCUCCUCCUCGGGGCCCCCAUGCCCUGCCCAGGUCUCCACCUCAUCCUCAGCCCCGGGCUGGCAACAGCAGACCAUCCUCAUGCUGAAAGAGCAGAACCGGCUUCUCACCCAGGAGGUGACUGACAAAAGUGAGCGCAUCACUCAGCUGGAGCAGGAGAAGUCUGCCCUCAUCAAGCAGCUAUUUGAGGCCCGAGCUCUCAGCCAGCAGGACACUGGGCCUCUGGACUCCACCUUUAUCUAGCCAGGCAUGCAUCCAGGGGGGCCUGCAUUUAGCAGGACAUGCAUUCGCAGGAUGUGCAUCUAGCGAGACUGUAUCUAGCCACAGCACAGCCUUGAGCCCUGUGGGCACCCCUGUGAUUCCCUCUCCGGCUGAAGACCAUCAGCUGGCCUGGGAAGAGCCCUUGAGUGGGAGCCUCCCUCUACUCUUGGGGUCUGGGCCUGCCCCAGGCCUGCUCUGCCAGAACACUGACGCUGUUGGAGCCUUGGGGGCCACCUGGGGAGAGGCUCUGUGCACCCUACAGCCUGGAGCUGCUACUGCCACUGUCAUUGGAUGGUGGGGGACCCCUUCUGAUGUUUAUCAGGUUCCAGGCAUC